AUGGCUGCUAAUCCUGGGAAUGUCAGCAGAUGGCUGGAAGGUGAUGUGGCUGCUCAGAUGUUUCCACAGGAGGAGGGAGGUUCUGCAGGAAACAGCGCCUGGGGCUCUGUGGACCAGAAAGGGGGGACCAGCAGAGCUCAGCAGGCAGAGCAUCCCCCUGUUGCCAUGGGGACCACAUCCACAGAUUAUAGAACCAGUAAGAAAUCACCCAUGGAUGAUGAAGGAUCCUUUUACACAUCUCUGACAUCAGACGAGCGUUACGUGUCUCCAGACUCCAACUACUUCACCGGGAUUCUUAAAAAAGGAGAUGGCGGCACAAGCUUAGACGAUGAAGAGUUCAGCUAUGGUUCCCAGUCUCCUCAAGACAUGCCUGCGUUUCAGUCUCGAGGUUUGUUUAGUUCAGACUCAGGCAUCGAAAUGACACCAGCUGAGAGCAAAGACGUGAUCAAAACAUUGUCUGAUCCCAUGGAGGAUGAUAAAUUAGAAGCUUACAGGUAUAUUGACAUCAGCAGGUCCCCAGAUAGCAACCCAAAGCAUUCUCCCGAGGCCGAUGAGAGAAAGCCAAGCCCCAGGGUAUAUGAUUCUUCUGAUGAAGACAGUAUACACGAGGGUGACACAAAAACUAUGCAAAAAGGCCUGCACAGUGACAAAGUAGGAGAAGAUCUGUCAUUUGCACCUUAUAUGGAGGAACCUGGCAACAGUAUGGGACUGUAUAGUGACACAGGAACCGGAAAUACUAAAAGAUCUCCAGUGAAAAUCACUCUUACUGAAUCCUCUAUUGAUAAUGACUUUAUGGAAACCAGUGAGGAUCUGUCUGAUACAGGUUUAAAGCCAGGGUCUGACAUAGUUCCGACUGUUAUGGUGUCCGAGCCAGAGGACGACAGUCCUGAGUCCCUUACUCCACCAUCUAUGGAUCCAGAUGGAUAUACAGACCCAUCUGGCUCAGAGAAACAGAGUAAAUUCCGCAUAUCUGAAGAUGAACUGAUCAGCGCCAUGAAAGCAAAAGAGGCAACAAAAGGUUUUCCUUAUGAAGCAGCUGAAGAGCAGAAACCUCAUAGUGUUUACUCAGAAAAGCGAGAUUAUAAAAGCACGCCUGUGCUACCAGCUGUCCCGUCUUCGCUAGAUAACGAAGCUUCGAGCACUGAAUCUGGUGACUCUGAAAUAGAGCUUGUUUCUGAAGACCAGCUGGCAGGAGAAGAGGCCAUGCAGUCUGCUUACAUGACGUUCAGUCACAUUGGCGGCCCUCCACCAUCACCUGCCUCCCCAUCCAUACAGUACAGUAUACUUCGCGAGGAACGCGAAGCCGAAUUGGACAGUGAGCUAAUUAUUGAGUCAUGUGAUGGUUCCUCGGCCUCUGAGGAGAGUCCAAAGAGAGACCAAGACUCCCCAAUUAUGAAACCAAUGAUGGACAUUAUCGAGGAAGAAAACAGCUCAAGAACAGAAAGUUUCGAUGCCUCGGACUUCGACUCUUAUAGCUCUACAGAAAGGAAACUAAAUAUGGAGAACCUGGCCGAGUCGGCUGCCUAUAUGAAAAGCUGUUAUGCUGAAGGAAGAUCAGAUUUAUUAAUGAUUAAAAAAGAUGAAGGACUGCAUCAGAGAAAGUCGACAGAGCCAACAGUGUACCAAAGUAGAGUUUCUCCAAAACAGAGCACGGGGACCACAAGUCCAGUGACAUUGCUCAGUAAGAAGAAAGCUAUAGACUUAUUAUACUGGCGAGAUGUGAAGCAGACCAGCAUUGUCUUUGGAAGUGUCCUUUUGAUGCUUUUCUCCUUGACUCAAUUCAGCGUGGUCAGUGUCAUCGCCUACUUAGCCCUUGCUGCCCUCUCAGCCACAAUCAGCUUCAGAAUCUACAAGUCAGUCUUACAAGCUGUACAGAAAACCGAUGAAGGACAUCCAUUCAAAAACUACUUGGACAUUGAGAUCUCCCUCUCUCAAGAACAGAUCCAGAAGUACACAGACUGCCUCCAAGCGUACACAAACAGCAUCGUCCGAGAGCUCAGGAGACUUUUCCUAGUACAGGACCUUGUGGAUUCAUUGAAGUUUGCUGUACUCAUGUGGUUGCUGACAUAUGUCGGAGCUCUGUUCAAUGGGCUAACGCUCCUCAUCAUGGCGGUCGUGUCCAUGUUCUCUCUCCCAGCCGUAUAUGACAAGUAUCAGGCACAAAUUGACCAGUAUUUGGGGCUGGUGAGAACUAAUAUGAACACAAUUGUGGCAAAAAUUCAAGCUAAAAUUCCUGGUGCAAAACAGAAGGAAUAAAUAGUUCUAUCUAGUCCAGUCAAUUCUUGGUUUAUUGUGGAGUGUAAUGUGGAGACAGCUGUGUUCUACAUUUUACUUACAGAUUAUUGCACCAUUCUCUUUUCAACACUCUGUGUUUAUGGAAACAUCAAAAAAAUAAAUCUAGGAGCAGCCGUGAACCUGCUUCAACGCUACUAGAAUACUUGCAAUCAGCCGUGUCAAGCACUAAAGUCUAGUGAAGAGAUACAAAAAGUGUACUAGAUGUGUUUCUUUUUUGUGUUGCUUACAAGUGCAUGAUGUUGGAAGCCUAAGUAAAAUAUCUUCUUUUUUAAAUUUCUUAUUUAUUAUCCUUUUUUCGUGUUUUUUUUUUUUUUUGCUAUUCUCGGCAGCGCUUCUAUAACUUAGUGUGACGUGCGGCUAGGGCUUCAUGCUUAGGGCAUUGAUGCAAUAGAACAGACUUGCUUCAUUGUCUCUGGGCCCGCUGGUGGGAGUUAUUUCAAUGAUAUAAAUAUAUAUAUAUAUACGUAGAACUGUAGACUAAUGUUUCGUGUUUUUCCAGCACAAGUGAAAUCAGUGUGCGGUACUUCUCUCCGUUUUAUUUUUUUGUAUGAAUUCAACUUGCAGUACUCCUGUUGUGAGGGAUUGGGAUAUCCGAUUUACAUGUAUGGUAGACAGGUCCAGCUCGUUCGGUUUAUUACGAUUUGUAAUCCAUUCUCUGUAGUUCCUAGCGGACUUAUGGACUCUGAAUAUUUGCACUUAUUAUGUACUUGACACUGAAUGCAUAAAUAAAAUGUCACUAAAUGUAGAAGGUUCUCUUCUUGUUCAGCUUGUAAAAUGUUGCCAAAAUACAUCGUACCAGUCCUGACAGAUGAAACGUGACGUUCUCAAUGGCGACAAGAGUUAUUAAUGGCGCGGAUAACAUAGUCACUGUAUCUAUGUGUUGGUGUCCUAACCAAAAUAUUUCAGUACAAAUGGGA